UGCGCAAGCGUUUCUGGGUAGAACGAGGUCGCCAGGCUUGUGUGUGCACGCUGCUCACCCUCCAGCGCUGGUCUGCACGGCGCCGUCUUUCGCUGCGCUGGUCUCGCCCUCAGAGGUGCUGCAGCCUCCUGGGCAAGAAGUCCGAGAAGCCGUUCCGCUGUCCUUACCGCCAUGCCCAAGAAUAAAGGUAAAGGAGGUAAAAACAGACGCAGAGGUAAGAAUGAGAACGAAUCUGAAAAAAGAGAAUUGGUGUUCAAAGAGGACGGGCAAGAAUAUGCUCAGGUAAUCAAGAUGUUGGGAAACGGACGAUUAGAAGCAAUGUGUUUCGAUGGUGUGAAGAGGUUAUGUCACAUCCGGGGGAAACUGAGGAAAAAGGUUUGGAUAAAUACCUCAGACAUCAUACUGAUUGGUCUCCGAGAUUACCAGGAUAACAAAGCUGAUGUGAUUCUUAAGUACAAUGCGGACGAAGCGAGAAGUCUAAAAGCGUAUGGCGAGCUUCCUGAGCAUGCUAAGAUCAAUGAAACUGAUACAUUUGGUCCCGGAGAUGAUGAUGAAAUUCAGUUCGAUGACAUUGGAGAUAAUGAUGAAGACAUUGACGAUAUCUAAAUUGAACCCAGCAUUUUAUGUUUCAGUUUUUUGGAAGAUAGCCCUACCGUUUGGAUUUUGGCUGUAACCCUCCAGGAAGUUUUCAUUAGCAUGAUUGUAAUUUAUUAACGCAGUCUUGAUUUGGUUCCAAAGUAUUUUUUCUGUAAAAAAUGCUAAUGAUAAAUUAUCUUAAGUGAAAUUUUAAACCCAUUUUGUUCUAUUGAUGUGCUAGAGCUUACAGAUAGAAGACCACUUGUAUUUCAAAAAAUAAUGCAUUACUGCCUUUCCUGUUUCGCCCACUUCAAGUAAGAAAUGGAUGUUUUGAAUUUUAAAAAAUUUUGAAAGACGAAUGGACAAAUAUAUAAACACAAAAACAAUUAUUUUAAGUCAGGGUGCUCUCAGACCUACUGCCCAAAUUGAACUGCAACAACCCUUUACAGUUUUUAGGUUUGUAACUAUAAAUAGAUUAUUCAGAACUUUUCUUGUAGGUCAGCAGUAAACAGAGAUCUCUUGUGAUGAGGGUCAGAAGGAAAAACACUUUUUCAUCUAUGAAAGCAAGUAGGAAUCUUGUACGGAAAUUGCCUUAGGUCCAGUGGGAACUGCCUAUUCCCCUUGCUGUCUUUCUUCUGGUUGUGUUUUUGGUUUUUCAUUUGUUUUUGGUCUUUUAGAGACAGGAUCUCACUGUGCAGUUCAGGCUGGUCUGGAGCUCACUUUACAGCCCUGGUUGUUCUUGAACUUGCAACAGUUCUCCUGCCUCAGCCUCCCGAGUGCUGGGAUUAUAGGCGUGUGCCAUCAUGCUUGGCUCUCUUUUUUAAAAUGAUAUUCAUCUCCAAAUGUAAUAGCAACCUGUACUGCCGCUUGUUUUGCACUAGAAAUCAAUUUUGACCUAAGAGCAAUUACAUCUUUCCAGUUCAAUUCAUAGGUCUGAGUAAAUCCCCUAAAGAACUCAGUGUAUUUAUCAAGAUUGUCUGAAAAUGAUCCCAGAUCUUACUUGACCUGGUUGAGGCCACUGAAAUUGAAGGACACUUGGGCACAGGUAGGUCUGAAUUCUCCACCCACCUCCUGUGAGGGAUAUUGCCCUAGAGCUUGAACAAAAUCAGAGGUGGAUACAGCCCGGUAGAGACCUCAUUUAGGGUUGCUUUGAAAGUCUUAUCCUUAAUGUAGGGAGACUUAGGCUCAGUAAUGGUAAAUACAUCAAACUGUGCCCCAAGGUCUACAAGCAUUUGGUUUUCCAGUGGCCCCACAUCUGUAGUGCAAACACAAGUCAGGAUUGUCUCAAUGCGGAGAAAGCCCAAACGUAAGACCCCUCUGACCUUCCUCUGUCUUACAGUACAUCGCCACUAUAAAACAGUACCACAAUCAGCAUUUCCUCUGCAUUCCCUUUUACCUCUGGGGGAUAGGCAGACCAUGCAGGGUGCAGAACAAUAUUGAACAGCUCUUCCUCAAGAGUGUAAAGGUCAAACAAUUUCCAGUGCUUAAAAUACACUCCAAAGAAAUAAGGGCAUUUAACACUGAGUUUUCCAUCUGCAGAACAAGGGAAAAAAUGAGGUGACCCUUUUAACCCCUACUUGGUUUUCACAUGCUCUCAAAGUGUUCCUUGAGGUUUCCCUGCUCCAGAGCAGGUGGCUGGCAUCUGCAGAGUAGCCAAAAGAUAGGUAGGGCUGGACUAGCCACCCUUUCCGGUGCAUACACCUACUUCUUCUGAAAACCCACAUUUCCAGCUCCAGGGUAUGUUAAAAGCACAGGCCACACUUGAUUCCUGCUAGAACAGCCGUCUUUAAGAAGGGAAGUGUUGCCAGUGAAAUAUUAAGCCAAUGGCCAAGAGACCUGAACAACUACAUAUUUUCAUCUGUCGAUCCUGCUGGUCACAGGAGAAAACCCUUGCCCAGGCACUGGAUCAGCCAAAACUCUCAUGUGUUCCUUUCUGAAUAAGCAUGAAUUCUGAUCCUUGUCUAACCCAGGGGUAGGGUAUGUCAUUUAUAAAGCAAUGCCUAUAGAUGAGCACUCAAAAUCUAAGGAUUCAGGAACUUCCAACUGGAAAGGAAAAAAAGAUUUUCAGAAUUGUAUAAAACGCAUAUUACCAUUUACUGACGGUGAUAACAGCUAUCUACAACAGAAGCCAACUGCAAAACCUGUCCCCUGGCCUGACAGACCUGUGAGUGAGAGUGGCAAAGCAGCAAUGAGAGAUUCAAAAAACCAUUCCAAACAGCCGUCUAAAAUAAAACAAGCCAUCUUGUAACUACCAAACUAGCCAAUCAAGCAAGUUCAGCAACCAGUGUAGAAUUAAGUUUAAGUUCAAAUGCAGCAUAUAUGAAAUGAGAAUAUAACAAAGGAGCUCUGCCUGCAAAAAUAAAAACCUCCCACCAAUGAAACCUGAUAUGAACACAUCGGAGUCUUCGAUGCUCUCACCUUUUAACAGCUUAAGCAACCAGUAAACAGUGGAUGACAAUUUUUGAUUACUGAAAUGAGCCACACUCCAGAAUUUAGUCAGAGUACUUAAGGGUGUCAUGAAACAUAAGCAAACUUUUACCUCCUUCCAAUCAUCUUAGUACAACCUCCAAGAUGAUGUAAGAGAAAUACAGCUCCCAGCCUGCAAGAUGAGAUAAAGCAAAGCAAAGGCUAACAGUGGCUAGAAGUAGAAAAGGUUUACUGAGAGACAGCUCCUGAGAGAAAGGAUGUCCUGGAAGUGGGUUGCACUGGGACAAAAGAAUUUAGACAGCAAAAUCACAAUGUGAGUCAAACUACAAUCAACCUAGAGGAUUGCAAGUGUAGUUCCUUAGCUAAUAGUGAUCCAGAAGGGAAGUCGGUCAUGUAACAAGGGUACAUAGAACAAUGGCAUUUUGGGGAAGGGGUGGGGCUGGAUGUUCUGGUUCCUCACCUUGGGCAACUGAUACAAGGCUGUAGUUCCUGGGCAAGGUGGUGCUAAUUAUAGUAUAAUUCCAAGUUACUGCUUGUCCCUUAGGCACUUUGUGCCUGGCUACUGCAUCCUAUGUUAAGGCCUGGUUUCUUCAGAUGCACCUCCAGUCACAAAUCUGAUGUCUUAAUUUGCCCUGACUUUGAGAGCCCAGCUCCCCUCUGACUGUACAUCUAUCUAACUUAGCGGCCUACAAUAAGACUAGCCCCAGGGAUGAAUCAUCCAGGGGUCAGGCCUGCAGACAUCCAACAAGACAGAAGGGCCCUGGGGCACUCCUCGCACUCUCCAUCUGGCCAAGCUGUCCCUUCCACAGAGAAAUCUUGGAUAAUCAUGACUGUAGAGGGAAAAGACUCAGCCUCUUGCUGAACAUGGAACUCGGCUUUGAGUUACUCUUCAACCCUGGCCUUCCAGCCACCAUAGCUCAGUAAAAGAAGUUACUGGUGAGGAAGUGAUUCUUUACUUUUCACACCCUUUAGGCUGUAAUUUGGAUGGCUUUCUCUUCUCAUUCCUUUUUGAUCAUACCUGAAAGCCCAGUUCUCCUCUUUGGGGAGAGAUUUUAAUCUUGUUUAAAUACUGUAGUAUAUAUGCACCUUAGGCACGUUGCCUCCCUCUAGUGGAGAUCAAAAUAAAUUCUGAAAUAGAGGCUAUGAAAAGGACACAGUUGGAAUAGGAGCUACCCCAAUGCAAAGAGAGCUCAGAGACCCCACUGUUUUUCCUCACCAGAGAUGACAUCCUCUGAGAUCUGAAGCUAGAAGAAGACUGUUACCUAUAAUUGACAAGGGCACAAGGUUUACUUACACUGUGUUAACAGUUCUUGUAACUCUUCAAUUUGGGGACACUCCAAUUUUGAGAGUCCAGAAACUCACUGGAGUGAAGAUUGGUACAGGAUUUUAGAUUAGUAAAGGAGGUGGUAGCACCCAUCCACCUAGGUGACCAACACAUAGACUGUCCUUUCCCAGAUCCCUGAGGGUGCCAAUUGGUUCUUGUUGUUAGAUUUAUUUUAUUUUAUAGAGGAUAAAACAAUAAAACCAAUCAAAACAAACCAGUGUAAGAGAUACAGGACUUCAAAACAUUACAAAAUCAGCAAUAGUUACCAUACUGACUUUUGAUGUCUUCAAAAUAGCUGCAGAUAACUUCAGACAUAGUAAAAGUCAAACAGAACAGGAUAGAAUAGAAACAAUAAAAACAAAACAAUACAAUUUGGUGUUAGAUUUAAAAGAUGCUCUUGUGUUCUUUGGCAUCCAGAUUCCUAGUUGCUUUUUGCUUUUGAAAAUCCUAAUGACCAGCCCCCUCCACUGACUUGGUCUGUGCUUCCACAAGGGUUCAUCUUUUUAGUCAGGUGCUAUCCCAUGAUUUGGCCUGUGGUGAACUUUCCCAAGUUACAGUCCUUCAAUAUUUCAUUGAUACAAUGCUGUGUGUGCCCUCAUGUAACUCCCUCCUCUAGGUCCGUAGUCAGCACUGGGGUGCAUUGAUUCAGCACUGGAGUGUACUGAUUCAUCCGGGGCGCUGAAACUCCCUUAUUUUCUGGGGCCAGUUAUAAACAGGCCCUUGAGAAACCCCUUUGGGGGUGGGGGGAGUAUAUCAGUUUCAUUAGUGGUAUAAUUAUGGUGCAGACAAUUCCAUUUAACCGAGAUACAGGCUAAAAAUUACUAUUCUUGCUCAAAAUUUAAUUACAAAAACAAAAGGGGAAUUUUACCUAGACUUAAUUGGGCAGUGUAUACUAUCAAAAUUUUAAAUCCUACUAAGGGUAGAACUACAACAAUGGGAUGACAAUUCAGGUAAAAGAAAGAAGCUAGGAAGGGUCCUUCAGAAAGAUCUUCAUACUAGAUGAUAGAAGGAACCCAGCUCAGUGCUAAUUUGGGGUCGAGGGUGUACUUACGUUUUUCUAGGAAAUGCUGAACCACCUUUGUGGGUGCCAGUGCAUAUUAUCCAGCUGUAUCAUGGACCCAAAACCAGAGAAGUAGCUGAUUCCACCUCUCAAGAAGCAGAUGCUCAGUCCUACAACAGAGAUGCCUCAGAGACCACGACACAACUGACAGGAUGAAGCUAGAACCAACCUUAAUUAACCCAGGAUGCCCAGGAGAUGGUACCCAAAAAUAAAACCAAAGGUCCAGAUAGAUGAUAAGAGUGUAUACUAAGUCCUAUGGCAAAAAAUAUAUAUUAAUUAUACAUAAGAUUUUGUCCUUUUUGGAUUCUUUUACAAGAGAACUCUGCUAAGUGAUCCACCACAAAUCUGACUAGUCUAUUUGUAGUCACAAAUUCUACAAUUGUAAAAAUUACUAUAAUUCAAUUUGGCCAAGAUAUAUUUGAGUGUACUGGUUGUAUAAGAUGUUUGUCAGUCUGCCUGUAUCUGUUUGUCCAAUCUAUUAAGCAGUUGGGAGUCAGCUAAGCUAGUAAUCAUUCACAUGUGCAGAGCCAAAAGCACAAGGGCAUGUACAGGAGUGCCCAAGGGCACAGAGCGCCUCAAAAACGUGCUGGGGAUAUGGGGUGCUGGAGGUGACAGGUGUUCCAACACCAAGACCACGGUGUAAGAAGCGAAAGGUUCAGCAAAAGGUUGUGAUUAAAGUGUGUAAACAGAAAUUUUGUGGACACUUAACAACUCUGUUUGUUUCUAUGUCUGUCCCAAUCUGUACGGAUUGUCUGUCCAUUUUUGUCCAUUCUGUAAACAGCUGUUCCUUUUUUGUUUGACCUAAACAACUUUUUCUUUUUUUAUAUUUUUUAUAUUUUUCGAUCAUUUAAUCAAAGUUUAAUUUGGGUAAUAGACUUAAAAACCAUGCUUUCACCUGGGUUCCCAGUUAAAAUGUUGCUAAAAUUGGUUGUGUAAAUGUACAUUGUUUAUUGUAACUUGAGAGUCUCUCAUUGUUCAAAAACAAUGUGUUAAAUGUUAUGAUUGGCUUUUUAUUAAGUCAUUAAAAAUUAUUAAGAUGAUUAAACAAAGCCAGCCAUGGUGGCUCAUGCCUGUAAUCCCAGCACUUGGGAGGCUGAGGUGGGAGUAUUGUUGGGAGUUCGAGACCAGCCUGGGCUACAAAGUGAGCUCAAGGCCAGCCUGAACUGCAUAGUGAGACACUGUCUCAAAAAAGACAAAAAAAAAAAAAAAAAAAAGAUGAUUAAAAAAAAUCCCUUAGGGUAGGGAGAGGUUAUUGGAUAGGACUUCAAUUGAACAGAGGCCCCAGUGAUCUCCAUAGCCUUAUGGGAGACACCCUAACUUUAGUUACAUUAUUGUGAUAUGUUCAUCUUGGUCAUUGUCAAACGAAACAAUAAGGUUUUUGAUUUAAAGAUGCCCAUAAAAGGUUUUCAGUGUGGCUAUGACAGAUUGUUAUUAACUUCAUGGUGUAUCAAUGUAUUCAUGCUUCCAGAUAUACAGGUUUUCCAAAAUGGGAAACAAGGAUUGUUUAUGGUGACUGAAUAUUGUUUCAGAUUCAGACCUCUGCCUUUAACAAAAACUAAUUAGAUGUACAUCUCAUUAAAGGUAAUCAAGUUAGGUAAAAGCUUCUUAUGUAUUAGAUAUGGAUGACUGACUGAAAGGAGACAUUUUAUGUCAAACUGAAAAUUCAGAUGUGUUACAAAAUGUCAUAUGAUUGUCAUGCUAUAAUGUUUUAUGUGGGUCUGAUUUCUGAUUUUCUGUGUAAAAUAUGUAACAACAUUCUACAGGUAUUCAAAUGUUAAAAACACCCAUGGACAGUAGAAAAUAGUUUCAUUUGAUGCUCUAAGAUGCUUGAUAUUUAGAUAAGAUAAUAAUGUUAAACUUGCUGCCUCUACUACACUGUGCUGUUAUCAGUCUUUUCUUCUGGAUGUUCAAUAACUGAAGUUUAGAGGCUAAAAAUUAGAGAGGCAGAUGGGCUAAGAGGAUAGCCAAUAUUCUGGCCCUAGCCCUCCAAGGUCAGUGAGGUCCAGAACAUAAGAGAACCUCUGCUCUGACUUCCUGUACUCAGUGAGUCCUUAAUUUUCUGAUCAAGAAGAUUAUGAGACCACAGAGAAGAAUGAUCAUCAGUGUGUGGUGUGCCUAAGGAGAGUCACCAGGAGAAAAAGUCUCCCAGCUUUCAUAGAAAGCAAUUUGGUCAAGCAGUGGCCGUGACUCAUCCAAAUGGCUGACACAGCCAGAACUAAGAAGAAGUGCUAUGUGUGGUUCCAAGGCAUUUCCUGAGAAGACCUAACUGACCUUGAUAGAUUAAAAAAAAUACUGAUUGUUUUUAAAACAAGUCUCACCUUAACUUAGUAUUGAACAUCUUGAAGAAAACGUACAACUACUAGGGGUAUACAAAACAAUGCUAAAGCAAUGUUAUAAAAGAAACUCAAAUCAAUAACCCCUUCUGACAAUUGCCAGCUACACUGAUAGCUGUCUGCUGUUAUGGAUUAAUGGACUGCACAGGGUUUCAGCUGUGGAAGGCAUGGACUUAAAAUCCUUGGACUGCUCUUAAAAUAAAAAGGUCUUCUACAGAGUUCUUCAAACACAACUCCUCCAGCUUUAACUGACCACCCAUCCUGUGCUACAACAAAAUGAAAAAGAGGGAUAUGGAGGGAGCCAUUGAAGCUGGAGAUUGAUCACAUGUGUGGGGCUAAAGCAAGACCGGCCCUGAAAACACACAGAGCUCAAAGCAAGCCACUUAACAAGUGUUCCAGGACCAAGAAAGCAAGGGACCCAGGUCUACCAGGCAGACAGAUUGCAAAGCAGCAGGGUUAAAAUUGGCAUUCUUCUUUGGAGGGUAUAAAUAAACAUGCUACAGUGA